AUGGGUUUAGCUGAAAAUCAAGUUUCAUUUGAUUUACUAGAAGAAUACCUGAAAAAAAGUGCAGAAAAGAAACCAACAACCAAGAAAACUAGUGGGAAGUCAAGCUUUAGAGAGAAUGCUCUAUUUCAAGACUAUCAUGGUUUAAAAAGUUUUAGAAAAGCAAUGGCAAGUUUCAUGGGGAAAGUCCGAGGAGACAAAGUGACAUUCGAUCCUGAAAGAUUUGUUCUGACUGCUGGUGCAACAGCUGCCAAUGAACUGUUAACUUUCAUUUUACCCAACCCUGGUGAUGCUUUAUUGGUUCCAACUCCAUACUAUCCAGGAUUCGAUAGAGAUUUAAGAUGGAGAACUGGAGUAAAAGUCGUCUCGGUUCAUUGCAACAGCUCGAACAACUUUCAAGUUACUCCACAAGCAUUACAAGAUGCAUGCAAAGAAGCUGAAUUAAUGAACAUCAAAGUUAAAGGACUACUAAUUACUAACCCAUCAAACCCACUAGGUAUAGCAACGGAACGUCAAGUACUCAAAGAGAUACUCGACUUUGUUACGCGUAAGAACAUUGAUCUUGUAUCAGACGAAAUAUACUCAGGGUCAGUAUUUUCUUCAAAAGAAUUCGUAAGCGUUGCAGAACUACUGGAAGGACGAAACUGUAAUGAUGCGGAGAGGGUUCAUAUUGUUAAUAGUUUAUCAAAAGAUUUAGGGUUACCCGGGUUUAGAGUUGGAGCUAUUUAUUCAUACAAUGAUAAAGUUAUGACAACUGCAAGAAGAAUGUCAAGUUUUAGUUUAGUGUCAUCACAAACACAAAAACAUUUAGCUGCCAUGUUAUCCGAUACAAAAUUUACCGGAAACUAUAUUAAGAUUAAUAGAGAAAGAUUGCAGAAAAGACACGGGUUACUUGUUGAUGGACUAAGAAAAAAUGGAAUUGAGUGUUUAAAAGGAAAUUCUGGAUUAUUUUGUUGGAUGAAUUUAAGUCCAUAUUUGAAGAGCGCAACAAAAGAAAGUGAACUGAUACUUUGGAAUUCAAUAGUGCAUGAAGUUAAGUUAAAUAUAUCUCCUGGUUCAUCUUGA